AUGACACCGGCCACCCCGGAGGUGCAGAGUCGUCCGAUAUGGGCCCAUCCAGGGGCAGUGUUGUCCGUUAAGAUCUAUCGGAGAGCUGCUCCAGUUACAGAUCUGAGUGUUCUCCUUCUUUUAUCCUCUUUUGUAACUUAUUGUAACUUAAAUAAGCAUCCUCCCGGUUCAGGAAAUGGCAAUGUUAUAAGAGACUCACUGCAUGAAAUUUGUCUUUGUUAUUGCUGGAACAGAUUUGUAAAUACUCUCAAGGCAGAAGAGGUGGAAAAAAUCAUUGAACGUUCUGCUAUGACUGAUGUGUUAAGGAAUUUGGUGCGGAAAAUCUCUUUUGGCAAUCCAGAUAGCCUUCAGUUAAAACAUAAGACCUCUAUACAGAGCACUACGAGCAAUACCAGGCUAGAAAAGAAGAAGAGGAAGCCCGAUACGGGCGAAAGGAAAAUCGGCUUUCAAACGUACCAUAGUGUGCCUGACUUUAGUAACAGCGCAGAUUACAUCAGUGAUAUAGAGAAUCGCAUAAUAUCAAAACUCGUAGAAGGUGGUAAAAAAGGUAUUGCGGUUGAUCAUAUUGAACACGCGGAUGCUGUGGACAACAAAAUUGAUGAAAGAAUGGAUGUUAGAAAACAAGAAAACAUCAGUAGCAAGCUUAGCAAGGAUAGAAUUGACAGAAUGAUCAAUUUCGAUUAUAGGUAUAUUAAAGCCAAACAAAGGAUACUUCACAAAAAGGUUUAUAAACACGAACACGCUGGCAAUGCUGAUGCCGAUAAAAAAAACAGCGAGGAAGCUGUUAAUAUUAGCUAUCCUACGGCAGAAGUAGUUGGCCACGGUUCAUUUGGUGUUGUGGUUACGACUGUAAUAAAUGAGACCAAUCAAAAAGUAGCCAUCAAAAAAGUCUUGCAAGAUAAGAGAUAUAAAAAUAGAGAGCUAGAGACCAUGAAAAUGUUGAACCAUGCAAAUACGAUAGGCCUACAGUACUACUUCUAUGAAAGGGACGAAGAGGACGAAGUCUACCUCAAUUUGGUUCUAGACUACAUGCCUCAAUCACUAUACCAAAGACUUCGUCAUUUCAUCCAUUUGAAAACCAAGAUGGAUCGUCUGGAGAUUAAGUUUUAUGCGUACCAGCUAUUCAGAGCUCUAAAUUAUUUGCAUAACGUUCCUCAAAUUUGCCAUAGAGAUAUAAAACCGCAAAACUUACUCGUAGACCCAAAGACAUUUUCUUUUAAGAUCUGCGAUUUUGGUAGUGCUAAAUGUUUGAAACCAGAUCAGCCUAAUGUGUCUUAUAUUUGUUCAAGGUACUACAGGGCUCCUGAGUUGAUGUUCGGCGCCACGGACUACUCGAACCAAAUCGACGUCUGGUCAAGCGCUUGCGUCAUUACUGAAUUGCUUUUGGGCAAACCCUUAUUCUCAGGUGAAAGCGGUAUAGAUCAGUUGGUGGAAGUUAUUAAGAUAAUGGGCAUACCCACAAAGGAUGAGAUUUCGGGAAUGAAUCCAAAUUAUGAAGACCAUAUUUUCCCCAAUAUUAAACCCAUUACUUUGGCUCGAGUCUUAAAGGCUGAAGACCCCGAUGUUCUCGAGUUGUUAUCAAAAACUCUCAGGUAUCACCCUCGCGAAAGAUUAGCUCCCUUGCAAUGCCUAUUUUUAGGCUAUUUUGACGAAAUUAAAUGCUGUGGUACCGACGCUUACGCAAAAGCACAACGCCUGCGUAUCUUUGACUUCGAUGUGCAAACAGAAUUGGGCCAUAUGCCACCUGCGGAACUGCCCGCCAUUGAAGCAAACUUGAAGCAUCCCGUUUCUAAGGCCUCGACGUCUUCAUGA